UUCCGGAGCAAAUUGACAAUUUAAGCCACCAGAAACCUUUAAUACGAUUAUGUAGAUUUUUCAGUUUAUUCUCAGGUUUAGGCAGAUCGUUGCUCGAAAUAUGACAGCUUUAAUUUCGCCGGUUAUAGUUAACUCAACGACGUUAGUGCCUGAGUUAAUAAAAACACUUUACAAUUGAUAUGACUGAAAAGAUGCAAUAGCUGCUGGCUGUAGCCUACGGUGGAGCUUAUAUCUAGAUAACACUUUAUAGCCUACGACAAAUAAGCUUCGGUAUUUGCACAUUUGAUGGAAAACCGAAAACAAACUUGUAUUUCCGAAACAAAAAUGUAUGCUAAUUGCUGAAGCUUUGCUUGUGUAUCUAUAUGCAGGGCUUCUGCGCGUGCUCGGUAACAGCUGAUUUUCACAAAACUCACACACAACAUCAACUGACUCAGCUGGGGCGUGUGUGUUUGGGGUGGCGCAAUCAGUGGCGAGCAAUGUGUUCUCUAUGGGGAACUAGCCAGUAGCGAAAUGUGGUUUGGCCUAGCGUUAACAUCCACGCAAAAUAACUUUGCAACCUAUUAGCAAGCAAACCACUCGCAUGCGCGUCCAUUUUUUAUAAACAGGAAGAGUCAAAAGGCUUAGGGAAUCACAUGCUACAGCGCAUAAGUUCAGGAAAGCCACUGUACUGACACUUUUUGCUGUACGUCAUAACUUUCGAUCACAAAACAGUUGUAAGUUUCACAGUUCCGAGUGAUAUUAGGCUGUGUUAAAAAAGCAAAAAGAGGACAACUCAAGCAAUAUCAUUUUUUUUUUUUGUAGUGGUUGUAGUAAAUAUUUCAACAGAUAUGAGAAAAUAGUAAGCGGGAGGAGAUAAUGGAGGGUGUUGACCCUGAAGAGCAAAUUCUUCACCAUGCCAGGAAUGGAAAUCUUGAGUGCAUUCAGAAGCUGCUGGCCUCCAACAUCCAGGAGGAAACCAGAAUCAAUAUAAAUUGCAAAGGUAAGAGCAAAUCUAAUUUAGGAUGGACACCCCUCCACCUGGCCUGUUACUUUGGACACAGAGAUGUGGUGGAGGAGCUGCUGAAGGCAGGAGCUGAUGUAAAUUUGCCUAACAACGUGGGGGACACUCCUCUGCAUAAAGCCGCCUUCACUGGGAGGAAGGAAGUUGUCAUGUUACUGUUACAAUAUGGUGCCUGUGCUACUGUCAUUAACGGGACAGCACAGAUUCCCAAAGAUGUUACUGAAGAUGAUGAAAUAGAAAUCAUGUUAGAAGCGGCAGAGAGGACGGAGGAGAGAAAGAUGGAGGAGCAACUUCUGGAGGCAGCACGGGAAGGGGACACAGUCACACUGAACCAGUUGCUGAACAGGAAAAGGCCCCCUGAUAUAAACUGUAAAGACCUGCUGGAAAACACACCCCUUCACUGUGCUGCCUAUCGAGGUCAGAAACUCUGUGCCCUUAGACUUCUUAAGGCCGGAGCUAACCCCAAUGCCAAGAACAAAAAUGGUCAGACCGUCUUUGACCUCGCCAGUGAUGCGGAAAUAAAGCAGGUCCUUGAAGGCGCUGUAAAAAAGGGCAUGGCUCGUCACGUCCAGCCGUUUGAAGGCCCCCUAUGGAAGAGCUCGCGGUUUUUCGGCUGGCGGUCCUACUGGGUGGUCCUUCAGGAUGGAGUUCUGUCUUGGUAUCCCAAACAGGUGGAUGCAGCUGCUAACAUUCGCAGACAGGGAUGCAAGCCUCUGACCCAGGCUCAUUGCUUGAUCAAAGCCCGGGACAACUGCUUUUUCACCCUCAAGUGCUUUGAUGACAGUGUCCACCAUUUUAAAGUAUCCCCAAAGAACGAUCCAGAAGGGAUGAGAAAAAAAUGGAUGGAGGCCAUGGAAGAGCACUCGGCCUACAGCACUCACUACUGCUCCCAUGAGCAGGGCAGCGAGGAGGAGGAGGAGGAUGAUGUCAUGUCAGUGAGCGACCUGGCCGACUCGCUACAGAAGGCCGAAGCCUGCCAGCAGAGAUUUGAGACUGAGCUGUCGGAGUUUCUCACCAUGGUGAAGAAAAAUGAACUGUCUGAACAGCUUCCCGCGGGCGUGCUGCAGAAGAUGUGCGAGAUCUCCAGCGAAACCUGCACCGCCCUCCGCCACUGCAUCGGCCUCAUCACCAGACAGGACGGGGUGCGGAACGUGAAGUUGGAGCAGGAGCUGGAGAAGAAUAAGAUCCUGUCGGAGGCCUUGCAGACGCUGGCCACGGAACACCACGAGCUGGAGCAGUCUGUGGCCAAGGGCUCCACCCCGCGAAGCGUGCUCAGUGACGAUGAGUUCUACGACGCCGUCUCGGAUUCCGGCUCGGAGCACUCCCUGAGCGGGUUCGAGACGGUGGCCAGCCGGUCCUUUGAGGGCGAGUCGGUCCAGUUGAGCAGCGACCGCAGCAGUCCGGUCAGCAUGUUGCAGGAGGACCGCCCCGGCGACGAGGAAGAGCCCCAGGCCAACGGGGUGAAGAGGCACAGGACAAGCCUGCCAGCCCCAAUGUUUUCCAGGAAUGACUUCAGCAUCUGGAGCAUCCUGAGGAAGUGCAUUGGAAUGGAGCUGUCUAAGAUCACCAUGCCAGUCAUCUUCAACGAGCCGCUCAGCUUCCUGCAACGGCUGACUGAGUACAUGGAGCACACGUACCUGAUCCACCAGGCCAACACCGUGUCCGACUCCAUUGAGAGGAUGAAGUGCGUGGCGGCUUUCGCGGUGUCCGCCGUGGCCUCGCAGUGGGAGAGGACUGGCAAGCCUUUCAACCCCCUCCUGGGAGAGACCUACGAGCUUGUCAGGGAGGACCUGGGCUUCAGGCUGAUCUCAGAGCAGGUCAGCCACCACCCGCCCGUCAGCGCCUUCCACGCCGAGGGCCUGAACAACGACUUUGUGUUUCACGGCUCCAUCUACCCCAAGCUCAAGUUCUGGGGCAAGAGCGUGGAGGCAGAGCCCAGAGGGAUCAUCACUCUGGAGCUGCCCAAGUAUAAUGAAGCGUACACAUGGACAAAUCCAACCUGCUGUGUCCACAACAUCAUAGUGGGCCAGCUGUGGAUCGAGCAGUACGGCACCAUGGAGGUCGUCAACCACAAAACCGGAGAAAGAUGCUGCCUGAAUUUCAAACCUUGCGGCCUUUUUGGAAAAGAGUUGCACAAAGUGGAAGGCUACAUCCUGGACAAAAGCAAGAAGAAGGUGUGUGCCCUGUACGGGAAGUGGACGGAGUGCAUGUACACCGUGGACCCUGCCACGCUGGACGCACACAGGAGGAGCGACAAGAAGAACGCGGAGGAGAAGAGAGGAAGAUCGGGCUCGGAGGAGCAGGAGGAGGUGCCCCUUACAGACGCAGAGACUGUCCAGAUCAUCCCCGGCAGCCAGCUGCUGUGGAGGAUAUCGCCCAGGCCCGCCAACUCCACCCAGAUGUAUAGCUUCACCUCGUUCGCCAUGCAGCUGAACGAGCUGGAUGAAGACAUGGAGGGCCUCGUUCCCAAAACAGACUGCAGGUUACGGCCCGACAUCCGCGCCAUGGAGAACGGGGACAUAGAUCUCGCCAGCGAGGAGAAGAAGCGUCUGGAGGAGAAACAGCGAGCGGCGCGCAAGAUCCGCGCCAAGUCCGACGAGGAGUGGAAGACGAGAAACCCAGCUCUUGGCCCCAGGUGGUUUCACCAGGGACUCAACCCCCACCUGAACUCCCAGGACUGGCUGUACUCCAACGGAUACUGGGACAGAAACUAUUCCGAGCUGCCGGAUAUCUACUGAUUUACUAUACAUUCCAUUUCAGCUCUAUUCCACUUCCAAGACUCUCCAUUUUUAAGCGUUUUGUUACUCUAAUACUUCAAAAAUAUUUUUCGGACCUAAAAUUUGAGGUGUGCAAACAAGAAACGGAGACAUGGCUUGACGUGACUUAACGAACGUGGCAAUAACUAGUGCAUUUUUAAUACUUGACACCUUUCAACACGCAUUAAAAUGAUAUUAUAUGUGUCUUUUUAUUUGAAAUUUUAACAUGUAUUAACUUAUUCUAGGUCUGCUACAGGACGCUCCAUUCCACGCUGUUGCCCCCUAAACCAAUGAGGCAAGAUAUGCCUCUUUUAGCCUUUCAUAUUAUUGUCCUGAUGCAGCAUUUGCUCAUCAAAAAAAGGAACAAGUUGAUUUUCUCUGUUGCCGUUUAUCUGGGGGCUCUGUUAUGGAAGCAGAAGUUCUUACUUUACCCUUUUAAUGUUUAAUGUUUAAGGUGCAGUGCAGUUUUUUGCUUUGAAUGUGGCUUGUCAUUUUGUGUUUCGCCUUCCACUACAGUCAAGCUUCAGGAAUAAAUAAGCCAUUUACUGUAGGUGAUCUCUGCUACCUAUUUAAGGAAAUGUACAGCUAUUUUGUGUAAAAAAAACUUUAAAAAAAGGCUUAUAAUAAUACUUGCCGUUACAUCAACAUGGGUACGAUGUAUAACCCUUGAAGCUCAGUGGUUGCAUUUCAGAAGAAGUGCUGAAGUUGCAUCAGUGAUGCUCUUUCACGUGUUUAUAUGUUGAGUAUGCCUUAGAGAUAAUGGGAAUAGGGUGUUCAUGGAUGUUUUAUUUGGGACUGGGAGAGCAAUGCAAACACUUGUUUCUCCUAAAACAGAGCUGUACACCAUCUCCAGAUUAAGACACUUUGGGACGUUUCUGUAUUGAAGAUAUAUAAUUGCACCAUGUAGGGUUGGGGCUUUGGUUUAGUCUGGGGAAUUUACGCAGAAGUGCAGAGUUGCGGUUCGUGAUGAGGUUUGUUUUUGUCUGAUGUUCUCAGGAAUCGCUUCUUAAGCUUUGGUUUAACACAGAACACAAAACUGAUAAUCACAGUAUUUUACGGACAUGGACUUCAGAUCACUUUGCUUAAAUCGUUUAUGGAGGUGGUGCUGUUGGUGGCUGUUGGUGGUUAUAGCUCUAUACUGCAAAUGGAGAAUAACCUCUGUUGGAAAAAGUUACAUGAUGUAAGGUGCUGGUCAGAAAAAAAAAACAGGACAUUGUGUGUGAGUGUGUGUGCAAGUCUGUGUGUAUGUGUGUGUGUGUAUGAAAGAAACCUGCUGUUAAUAACAUGACCCAAUAAUCUGAAAACCCACAGUCACAUCAACUAUGCAAGAAGGGCACAGGAAGUAAACACAAGGUCAUGUGUCUUAACUCUUUAGGUGCUGUGACCUGAGAACAUUCCAUUACUCCAAUGUGAAAAGGUACCAUAACUUAAAAAGGUGUAGAACUUUAGGAGGUUUAAAAUGUGUAGUACAGAGACAUGCAAGCUCUGUUUGCUCGUUUUAAAUUCUAUGUUGUACGUUAAGAAUCUUGAAUAUAGAUUUCUACUGCUGCUAAAUAAAAGCUUAAAAAUGAA